GGUGUUCAACUUGUUGCUUGUGGACAUUCCCACACACUUAUCUCUAUGAGUGAUGGUCGAAUUCAUGGAUGGGGUUACAAUAAUUAUGGCCAGGCAGCCAAUGAGAAAUGUACAUAUGCUUGGUAUCCAUCACCAGUUGACUGGUGUGUUGGGGAGGUUCGGAAACUUGCUGCUGGUGGUGGCCAUUCAGCUGUGUUGACUGAUGCUUGUUCGUUAAAGGAGUUAUGUGAGUUUGUACUUGCAGAUAGCAUGACUUUAGCCAAUGCUGCUAAGGUUGAGGAUAUUGCAUAUAGAACUGGAUCAGAUGCUUUGGCACGCCUUUGUGGAAGACUCAGAGAGUAUAUGCUUGCUGGCGGAGCUCUCGAACAAAAGGAUGAGAAGAACAGUAAACUCAGACUUAGCAUAUAAAGUUAGUAUUAGUAAUUACUUGUGCAUAUUAAGUUGUACGAUAUAUGUAUUCAUAAUUAGACCAAUGUCAUUAUUUGGACAAAAGCGAUCAUGCAAUCGACAAGAAAGAUCUUACGAGACAAUGAAUUUGUUCGUAUCGAAUCGAUGGAUCAUUAACUCGGUGCAAGAAAUUUCUCAGACAUCUAUCUGAUUGAACUCUUUUAUCUAAAUGAGACUCUAUUAAUGUUGAUCAGCUACUUUUAUGCUAUGCGUAGCUACAGUAGAUGACUUCCUACUUUGUAUCUCUCCUAAUCCCAAAAAAAACAAUGUUCCCUGCGUUUUAGAGCACUCUGCCGUUACCAACUUUAA